CCCAGAACGCAAAGCCAAUGAAAAUACGGAAGAAACGGAGAAUCCGAAGCGAUCAAAAAGUGAUGAUUUGGAACAGGCGAGAUUUGCCCUAUCUCAAAAACUUUGGUCGUUGAAAGUGCCGGAGAUUUCAGAUCUAAUGAGAAAUUUAGGUCUGAAAUAUGGAACUGCCGGACGGAACAAAACGAUUCUCAUCGCAGAUAUCUUGCGCAUUCCACGGCCAGCUGUGAAAUACCAAGGUGAAGAAUUGCGAGAACUGUACUUUAAGCGCACGAACAAACGCUUGGGCAAAUUGUCAAACGCCAAACUGUUACGAGAGGUUCGACUUGCAUUGCCAGGUUUUAGAGAAAAUAAACGCGAUGCGGUAACGGGCAUUAAAUGGAUUCGCUACGUUAACGCUAUGUUCGACUUUCGUCAAAAUAACAAGAACAUGCUGGAACUUGAUUUCGAAUUCCGUUAUUACUCGCUCAAAAAUGACUUGAACAAAGUGAAGAAAAUGAACCGCGAAGAUAAGCUAAAACUGACUGAAGAAUGGGCAUUCAUAAAAUCAAUGCCUCAAUAUGGGCUUCGUGAACGCAAAGAUGAUACAGACAUCGAAGCAGUAAUCAAUAAAUUGUAAUUAUUAGACAGUUUUGUCUAUUUUUCUUUAUUAUAUUUUGUACAAUGUAGUCUAAGAGUCGUUAUUGCAGUGAACUUUUUGUGUAUAAAUUUAUGUUAAUCCAUUGAAAUUACGACUUCGUUACAUUAUAUUAUUCU